AUGAUCCCACCGGCUGAGUGCACGUACGCGGGGAGGAAGAGGAGGAAGCCCCUCCAGAAACAGCGGCCCGCCCUGGGCGCCGACAAGUCGAACCCGUCCAAGCGGCACCGGGACCGCCUCAACGCCGAGCUGGACCACCUGGCCAGUCUGCUGCCGUUUCCGCCCGACGUCGUCGCCAAGCUGGACAAGCUCUCCGUCCUGCGCCUCAGCGUCAGCUACCUCAGGGUGAAGAGCUUCUUCCAAGUCCUGCAGGAGAAGUGCCCGGCGGCUGGUGCCCCCUCACUGGGAGGUCGUCCUCGCGGAGGAUCCGCUGUGCUGGAGGGACGGCUGCUGCUGGAGUCUCUCAACGGCUUUGCCCUGGUCGUGAGCGCAGAAGGGAUGAUUUUUUAUGCGUCAGCGACGAUCGUGGACUAUCUGGGCUUCCAUCAGACGGACGUGAUGCACCAAAACGUCUACGACUACAUCCACGUGGACGACCGCCAGGACUUCCGCCGGCAGCUGCACUGGGCCAUGGACCCCCCGCAGGCGGUGUGCGGGCAGCCCCCGCACUCGGACACAGGUGAGGACGCCGUCCUGCACAGGCUGCUCGGGGCCCAGGAGGGGGCUGCGGGCUCCCCCGCCGAGUUCGCCGCCUUCCUGACCCGCUGCUUCGUCUGCCGCGUGCGCUGCCUGCUGGACAGCACCUCCGGCUUCCUGACCAUGCAGUUCCAGGGGAAGCUGAAGUUCCUGUUUGGGCAGAAGAAGAAGGCGCCGUCGGGAACCGCCCUGCCGCCCCGGCUGUCCCUGUUCUGCGUGGCUGUGCCCGUGCUGCUGCCCGCCGUGGGGGAGACGAGGGUGAAGACCGCGUGUCUGAGGGCGAAGCACAGGGCAGACGCUGCGGACGCAAAAGUAAAAGCUGCCACGAGUCUGUGUGAAUCGGAGCUGCACGGAAAACCCGACUACCUGGCAGGGAGAAGUCGCGGAGAAAGCAGCGUGCUGGUGUUCAGGACACAGACAGAGGCCGGCCGCUGGGCCCGUGUUCCUGCCAGCACCCCCUGCCUGUGCCUCGGGGGGGGCCCCAGGCUCAUCCUCCACCCCAGGGUGCCCGGAGGGGACAGGGACGAGGGGGAGCAGGAGAGGCCGUGCGGCUCCUCUGGAGCGAGGGGGCCGCGGGAGACUCGCACCCACCACGGCCACUCGGAGCUGCUGGGAGCUGCGGGGUGCCCGGACUGGGCAGCGGGAAAGCACGGGGAGGGUGGGGGGGUGAGGUGGAGGCUGCCGACCAGCAAGAGCGACCUGUUCUCCGUGCGCCCCGCGCCCCGCGGCUGCUACCCGCCCUACCCCGGUGCGCGGGGUGCGGUCCGUGCGGGGGGCGUGGCCGCACUCGGAAGCCAGCCCCUCAGUGCGUGCUCCAGCCGGGGGAGCAGGCCCUUGCGGGACGUCCAUGAGGCCCGGGAGCACCCCCUCCCCGGCCUCUACCCGCUGGGGAGCCUGGAGAACCGGCCGGCUCAGCCUGGGGCGCAGCGCUUGCCCGCGGGGGGCUGCUCCUCCGAGGCCGGGGGGCUGCAGAUGCCCCCGGGCGGCCCGUGCGAUCCGGCCUUGCCGCUGGCUGUGCCCAUCAAGACGGAGAAGGACUCUGGGUCAGAGGACGCAGCAGAUGGCUACGUGCCCAGCCAGGCGUGGCUGGGGGCCGGUGACGUGGCCAAACCUCCUCUGGCCACUUUCCCUACCAGGAUGCACCUGAAAACAGAGCCGGAGCCCAGGUACCAGGUGUACACGCCGCACCUGGGGCCCUGCAGGGCCCCUGCCAGGCCCAGUGGGGAGCCAGUCCCCUGCUACCCCGCGCCCUGCGCCUGCCUGGAGCACGCGCACCCCCUGCCCCCCCAGGGCCCUCCCCGCCACCUCUGUGUGCACCAGCCCCCCGCUCCGGGCUGCCCCUGCAGGGCUGCUGGGGCCGCCCCUGUGGUCAAGCGCGAGCCCCUGGACUCGCCCCUGUGGGCCGCUCACAGCCAGGGGGUGGUGCCCGGGAUGUUCCCCAAAGGUGCCUUGGUGCCCCCCGUCCCGCCCAGAGCCCCUGAGUGCACUUUCCUGCCGUAGCACUGCGGCUUUGCCACAACCAGCCACCGUCCUCUCUCAGAGCCACUCUCUGCCUGGGCCGCCGCGGCACUUGUGCCUGAUCCGAGCCCUUUUCGUUUUAUUUUAUAUUUUUUCAAUGACACAAGGUCUCACUUUGUUGCCCAGGCAUGAGGG